GAUGGCGGCAUUCACCUUCCAUCUUCCUGCACGAUCAACGCGGCUCUAACUUGACCUCGAAAACUUGAGGACGGGAGAGAGGAAAAAAAAGCUUGAGGGAUUUAGAUGAGGAGAGGCAGCACGGACAAAGCUUGAAGCAAAGGAAUAGCAGUGUGAGGCCACUUUUCAACCAGCAAGAAUCUGAAGAAGGAAAGACGGAAGCAUGGAAGACCUCCCCACCCUCUCACAGCUAAAUUCACAUCUUCAACUUUCACAAGCUUGCUACAACGAAAAGUCAUACUGAGCACCAUGGACAAGGCUAAAGGACUGAAAGACAACAUGGUGUCAUCCAAUGAGAAUAGUCGCCAACCACUAUCAUCUGGUAACAUGGCGGCCAUGAUGUCAUCGCGUGGCCUUCAGACCAUAAACCUCCAUAAGAACUUGCAUGGAUUUGGUUUCACUCUGCGACACUUCAUCGUUUACCCACCAGGGUCCCACCUCCACAACUCCAAGGAUGAAGAAAAUGGAAAUGCAAUUAAAAAUUGUCGUCAGCAGUGUCAUUUGGAGGCUAUGGACACCAUUUUUGUGAAGAGCGUUAAAGAAAAUAGCCCUGCUCAUCAAGCUGGACUGUGCACCGGCGACAGGCUAGUCAAAGUGAACGGGGAGAACAUUCUUGGAAAAACGUACUCUCAGGUGAUUCGACUCAUUCAAAACAGUGAAAACAAUUUGGAACUUUCCGUUAUGCCAAAAGAUAAAGAAGUCCUGCAGUUGAUCAGCGUGUACUCCCAGGAGUCCUUGCGAAACAAUGACACAUUUACAAUCAAGGACAAUAUUCUCCCAGAGCCCCCCCUUCGUUAUUGUUCUUCCACCAAUCCCAUUACUUCACAGCUAAGCCACAAACUUAAUAGUGACCUGGACAACUCUCAGUGCAGACCCAGCCCAACGACUUCAGCAAUGGACAACCACCAUGGUAUUGCUUCAACAAACAACUGGAUAAGAAUGCCUGAGGAUGUCAGCAAUAAAUUCGUCACAACAGUGAGGCAUCGUGGCCGCUCCUCCUCAGCAAUAAGUGCACUUGAUUUUCACUUUGCCAACCACAAUGCUGCCAUCGCCUCGGCAACACCAACCCGCAAAAGCAGCCUGCCAGCCUUUGGUCACCCUCGUCCUGAUUCCCUUUGCCACCAAACGUCGGACUGGUACUGCUGCCAAGCUGAGGUUGCAAAGCGUUCGUCCUCUUGCCAUAGCAGUGCGUUGCACUCUGGACCUCCAUAUGCUGACAAUGUCUCUUUAGAGCCUAAUAUUUUGCAUCAUCAUCAAACUUCUGCAGGUUUUCAUGAUUCUUACUUGCUUGGGGAAUUGAGUGGUAUUUCAAGACCGGUAAGCAUGUCAGAGAAUUUGCUGGCAGCAUAUGCAAAGUAUGAGUAUAACUAUGGCCGUUUUUUUGAAACACUAGAAAAAGCCUCUGAAAUGAUUCCACUCUGCUCAGACAGUUCUUCAAAUUUUAGCCAACAAAGGGAAGAGAAAACCACAGGAGGAAAUGAGCACCAAAUCAAAAGUACAGUGUCUUCUACAGUGCCCCCUUGUGGUAAGCAAUCAGGCCAGCAGGAAGCUGAACUACUAACAAGGCGACCGGCAGAUGAGUUGGUGGGUUACAAAAAUGGUAGCACAUCAAUGUCUCACGAAACUCGCCAUCCCUUCCAACACGCGCAGACUUUACAAACGCCAGGUAACUGUGGCCCCUACCUUCGCUGCAGUGCAGACAGCAGAAUCAGUGAGCCAGAAAUGGCGACCCGAUCACAAUGGACUACCACCCCACCUGCAUCAGAGGACCCAAUGAAAUGCAAUAGAGAUAUCAUCUCCCAGAUCUCUCCAAAACAACCUUUGUGUCACAGAACCCUUGCUCAUACUUCAAGUCCCCAGUCACCAGAGUCACUGAGUGAAAGCCCCUCGCCUGUCUCUAUUGGUCCUGGUUGCAGUCGCAGCACAAAUGGCAGCUUGAUGCAGCAGGCAUACAACUCCCUGUCUUCUAUUCCCUUCAUAGGCAGUAUCAAAGGACGUCGCUCUUCUUAUCUGCUGGCCAUUUCUACCGAGCGAUCAAAGUCUUGUGAUGAGGGUCUUAAUACCUUCAAAGAAGAGGGCCAUGUUUUCGCGAAAUUACCCAAAAGAGUCAAGAGUUUUUUCAUUGAUGGGUCUCUUGAGAGUCUGAAAGCACAGGAGGAGGCACAGUCCAAACGCCACUCGACCUCUGAACUGGGAACCAUUACUUUCAGUGACAUCUGCAAGGAAGGCUGGCUACACUACAAGCAGAUUCUCACAGACAAGAAAGUUGGUAGCAGCAUGCGGACUUGGAAACGCCUAUUUUGCGUGCUUCGUUCCCAUACGCUUUUCCUCUACAAAGACAAAAGGGAGGCUAUUCUUAAAGGGUCAGGACCUGGUUCAGGUCUUGAUGAGCAUCCACCAAUCAACAUUCGUGGCUGCCUAAUUGACAUUGCUUAUAGCCAAACAAAGCGUAAGCAUACUUUGAGGCUGAUGACACAGGACUUCUGCGAAUAUCUGCUCCAAGCUGAAAACAGGGACGACAUGUUAGCAUGGAUUAAGGUUAUUAGAGAGUACAGCAAGAUUGACAAUGAGGAGAUUGGCUCUUCAAGACAGGCUCUUAUCAGUAAGAAGCUGAAUGACUACAAAAGACAGAGUUUUACAAGUAACAAAGCAGACUCUUCCCUUAAAACUCACCGUAUGAUGCCUCCCUUCCUCUUGGCUAAGAAUGACUACACAUCAGUGAAUCAGUCAUCCAAAACCGUUGAUAAGACACCAUGGGGCAUCAAUAUCAUGAAAAAGUCGAAGAAGACAGACAAGCCAAAGGUUUUUGGUGUGCGCCUUGAGAACUGUCAGCCUGCGGUAAACCACAAAUUUGUUCCCCAGAUUGUGGCGAUGUGUUGUAGUGUGGUCGAAGCAACAGGUUUAGAAUACACCGGAAUCUACAGAGUACCAGGAAACAACGCCAUGGUGUCCAACCUGCAAGAACAUCUCAAUAAGGGUUUUGAUAUUAACACUACUGAGGAGAGAUGGCAGGAUUUGAACGUAAUCAGCAGCCUAUUGAAGGCAUUCUUCCGAAAACUUCCUGAGCCAUUGUUUACUGACGACAAAUACAAUUACUUCAUUGAUGCCAACCGGAUUGAAGACACAAGGGAGCGCCUGAAGAUAAUGAAGAAACUGAUUCAUGAUCUCCCAGAUCACUAUUACCACACCCUCAAGUUCUUGGUGUGUCACCUAAAAAGGGUGGCAGAUAACGCUGAAAAGAAUAAGAUGGAGCCAAGAAACCUGGCUCUUGUCUUUGGUCCCACACUGGUCAGGACAUCAGAGGACAACAUGACAGAUAUGGUCACCCACAUGCCUGACCGCUACAAAAUAGUCGAGACGCUAAUCGUACAUUGUGACUGGUUUUUCUCUGGUGGUGAGCUUGAUAAGCAUGAGAAAGCUCCAGAUGAGGAGAUGCAGCCCAUGCCGAACAUUGACCACCUGUUGUGCAACAUUGGCAGGCCAGGUAUGCCAGGAGAAACAUCAGAUUUCACCACCAGCGCUUCAUUUAAGUCAAAGCUUUCUUUGACCUCAGUGAAAAAUCAAAACACCAAGGAAAUCCUGUCCAAGUCCUUCACCAUUGUGACCCGUAAAAAAUAUUCCAGUGGCUAUUUCCCAGACAGCAGUUCAGAUGAAGGCUCUGUGUAUGAACCUAUGAAAAGACCAGCAAUUAUGGGGAAACACAAAGAGACAACACAGUUGGACUUGCCCAGGGGGAAUUUCUUACUCGUGGUUAGUUGAGCAGUUGUUCCACUGCAGUCAACCAUGGAUAUGUGGGACAAGAUGAAAGCUUGGAAGUGCCACACUGUGGUUGUUUAACCCAAGUAUACUCAUAUCGCUCCCCAAUCAUGUUCCCUAAGCCAAUGGUAACAUGGAGGUAUUAAUUGGCAUGGAGACUUGCCGACUUUUUACCUCUUUUUAGGUCAGUGUAAACUCAGUGUUUGACUGUAAUUUUUUUGUCAUACCUUUUCCAUCUCAUUUACCGAUGGUACACUCACAUUACCAGAAAAUACAACAUUCACACACACAGUUUUCAAUUUGGGGAUUAUUCUGUUUCAAUUGAUGAAUCAGAUUUCAAAAUAUCUUCCACAGAUAUUUCACAAGAAAAUUAUUAUGUCUAAUGACAUGGACAAGAAUAGAUUGGCCAAAUAUGUGGACUUUCAAAUGAGCAAAAGCAGCUGUAUCAAGUAUACCAAACAUUUUUUUUUUUACAAAAGGAUAACAAAGUGAUGUCUUUUUUUUUUAAUGUGCUAAGCAUCAAAUACAUUGACAUUUACACCAGUGUCAACAUAUGUUAAAACUACAUUAUUCCUCUGUAUUGUUUACCAUACCUGAGACAAAUGGAUCUCAAUGUGAUGUUAGCAUGUUAUGCUGUAUGUGAAUGCUCAUGUAUGGACUGUGUUUUUCUGUUUGGACCAAUUUUGUAACAGUUGCACAGCGGUGAUGUUAACCAUUGUAUGUAACCAUUGUGUGUAUGAUUUACAUACACACAGUAUAUAUUAAAUUAUUUGAUUUGAUAA